AUGGCGGUUCACCCUGAAAUUCAACACAAAGUACAGGCUGAACUGGAUUCUAUUGUUGGGCAAGACGCAGCCUGGAAGGAAAGCCAAAGAUGGAUCACGUCAGUUCCGAUGAGCGUCCCACAUCUAAACGGACAAGAAGACAUCUAUAAAGGGAUGCGAAUUCCGAAGGGUUCCAAAUUACUCUUGAACAUAAAGUCAGUCAAAUCUAUCUUUUCACUAAUUGCUACUCACCAAUCAUGUAGUGCCAUGCUCAACGAUGUCGAGAUCUUUGAUUCUCCAGAGGACUAUUGCCCCGAAAGGUGGCUUGAAAUCUGCAAUCAUCGAGCCAAGGACCUGCCAGAUAUUCAUACAGUCUUUGGUUUUGCAUCUGCCCGGGUCGAUACCUUGCCGAAAGGCGGGUUUACUUUUGGGAUGUCUGUCCUUGCAGCUUACGAUGUCAUACCCAUUGACGGUGCUAGCACUCCUAAUAGGAGCGAUAUCGUCUGGGAGGAUUCUGGUAUCAA